AUGGUGGGCUUCGUGCACACUUUGUUGUUAAGGCUUUGGCAUCGACUUAGGAAGACCCUGGCCUGUAAGGGCUCGGUCUCUCCAGAUGACGAGGUGUACCUGCUUAAUCGCAGUCCCAAAGAAUCUGCCAGGCUCAAUGCCCAACAUAACUUUCUCGUCGACUUAAUUGGUGGUCGAUGCAUUCAUCCUGCCAUCCCUGUAGAGGAUAUCACGACUAUAGCAGACGUUGCAACGGGGACCGGGAUAUGGCUCUCGUCCCUCAUCACGGCCCUUAAAACACAUCCUACCAAUCGUCUCUAUCUCCAUGGCUUCGAUAUCUCCUCCGCCCAAUACCCAUUCUACAAGGAUAUUGCACCCACUCAUGAACUUCACCUCUCCACUUAUGAUAUGCGCAACCGGUUUCCCCCAGAGCAUAGAGGCCGAUAUGAUUUAGUACAUCUUCGGCUUCUCGUCGGUGCCCUUAAAGAAGAAGAUUAUCCUCAGUCGAUGCGUAACAUAUAUGAGCUUCUCAAACCAGGAGGCUACCUCCAAUGGGAUGACUGCGACACGACUGCGUUCUCCACCGCCGAAUCAUCGCCUGAUCCAUUCAUUCUCCGCAUGCAGGAGACUGUCGCGUCAGCAGCGGUGAACCUAGGGCUAUGUCCGACGGCGCCGGUGCUGAUCGAGAAGCUAGCCAAACUAGUGGGUUUCGAGGAUGUAUCCCGGCAGUCUUAUAAUACCAUUGAUAAGCCGUAUCUGCAUAAUUCCGCACGGGCAUGGCUGGUCCAGGUCUUGCGGUCAUUGCUACCGAAGUCGAUGCUAGGGACCGGAGAGGCAACGGACGAGAAAGAUGCCGUGGAACGGACCGAGCGGUUAGUAGAAGAGCUGGAGAGUCGCUGUCAGAAUGUUUUGCCGGUGGUGAAUCUGCAUGUUGUUCUUGGAAGGAAGCCUUUGAAAGAUGAGGCUGAGGAGGGAGAUGGUGAAGAAGGCGGAAAGGAAGAACUUGAGGAGAAAAGAGAUCCUGAUGACGAUGACGAUGCUGACAAAGAUAGUGAGGGUGAGGCAGUAGACGACCGGGAAGACAGUGAAGAGGACGAUGAAGAGGAGGAAGAGGAGGCGGAUAAUAAUUCCGACAGCGUUACUCUCACUAACGGAGAUGAUGUGGAAUGCUACGACGGUGAGGUGGUCAGCGCUUCUGAGGAAUGCGAUAGCUUGACGACAGAGGAAAAGACGUGGUUCAGGAAAAUGAAUCUCUCAUGGAGACCUCAGCCAACGACAACAGCAUAA